CACAUUUCAGUUCUCAAAACACGCUUCUCAGAUCGUAUCCACUUGAUUCAACGCACGCGCAGCCAGCGCGUCCGAUCGUUUUGUAAACAAUAUAAAUAAUAGUCGUCAUCUUGGCUGCGCUAAGUUAGUACGUCGCGAGCUGCGCUAGUGGUCGGAUACCAUGAUACGCGCCAUACUCCUCUGUGCCGCCAUCGCCGCCGCCGCCGCCGGCGGUGACAACACACAAACAGACAGCACCGACAAUGUCGCCAAACGCGAAAUCCUGGAAUUUUAUCCCGACUGGGUCCCGUUCAAAAACAAACAUGGUGAUGAACUCGGUGAAUUCGAUGACGUUACUAAACCUAAAGCCAAAGUGAAAAAACGACUCGCAUUACCAAUGAAUUUCUUAAUAAAAGCCGUUGCCGAUGAUGAAGAUUAUCCCGGACAAGGAGAAACUGAUACUGAUGAGUAUUAUGAUAAGAAGGACUGGUCGGACUUGCAUAGGCCGGUGCAUAAUGGGAACGAAACUGUUCCCGAAGAACAACAACAAAAACCACAACAAGAACAACAAGAAAGCACUAAUUCUGAUAUUGAAGGAUUAAUUAAUAUUAUCACCCAAUCAUCUCCCAGUUUAGCAGAUGAUAUAAAUAAGUCCAUAGCUAAUCAAGAAGAUGUAAACCAAGAUGAAGAUGAAAGUCAAGAAAAAAAAGCUUUCGUGGAAGAUAGUAGCACGACCAAGCCUGAACCACAAUUAAGCAUUGUACUAACACCUAGACCUAAUUUACAAGAGUAUGUCGACGACGAAGAAGAUUCGGAAAAAAGUCAGCAACAAUCUGAAGAGGAGCCGCAAAAACUAUCACCCGAAGAACAGAAAGAAAAUGAAGAAAAGAAAAGAAUUAUUCUAGACAGUGUUGAUCAGUUGAAACUCAGACAUGAACAAGAACAAAGAGCUAUUUCAGAAAAACAUAAGCAAGACGAAUAUUACAACGAAUUACGUCAUAGAACUUUACAGAAAAAGAAAAUUCGAAAUAACAAACGAUAUCAUAUGAAAUCUACGCCUCCUCCAAACUACGACGAAUACGAGGAUAUAUCUUGGACGGAUAAAUAUAAAAUAAAUGUCGAAAAGAAGCCCAGUACAGAAGAUUCAGUUAUUAUUGAACCAACUACAGAAGAAACAACGAUUAGGACGACGACGUAUAAACCAAGAGAUCCUGAGCGAUUCAAAUAUUCGUUGUUCAGAAAUCCGGACCUUUACAGAGUUGAUGAUCCUGAAGAUGUGAAAAUAUCACCCAAAAAAACCCCAAGCGCACCACGGCGUUUCUCUUCUAAAUACAAUAGCGCCGAAAACUCUAUAGCCCUAGCGACCACGACAGAAAAAGAAGCGCCGAUACUUUAUUUCCCUAAACGAAAACUGAAGAAACCGAAGACCAGAACCACAACUGAAGCCUCAGAUUCGUCCGUGGCAGAAACAGUGGAGGACAAACUAACAAAUAAACAAACUACACAACCGGUCACGUACCCGGAUAUUACUUCUCUUGCUAAUGAUGAUUAUAAGACCACAGCUGUGGGUUAUGAUUACCCUACGACCCCUACGACUACAGUGGGUCUGUGGAAAGAUGACACGUCCGCUGAAGAUAAUGGGAGCAGCAUUAAGAACUUGCACAUCGUCCGAGAUACCACUCCGCGGUAUGACACGACUGCUGCAGACGCACCAACCGGACCUUCAGGAGAAGCACAGGCGAGCAAUAGUGAAACCGUGACUGAUGCAGUGCCGGCGUCCAGCGACCACAAGAAGGAAGAAGGACCCAAGGAUUACCAUGUAGAGAAAGCGGCCGGCUCGGAGCAUCAUUCUUCCCACGAAGAAGAACACGAAGAACACGGCAAAAAGGCCUACGAGGGUCUUCACAAGGAAACGAAGAGCAAAAAGGGUCACCACGACAAAGAGGACCAUCUUGGCAAGUAUGAGGACCGCGGGGGCCACAAUAAGGAGCACCACGACGAGUCCGGGCACUACGGGGAGCAUGAGCACGAGGAACAUGGCAAGAAACAUGCUAAGUACGAGGAGUCAGGCAAGCACUCCAAGGGGCACAGCACGAAGGGAAGCCACGACAUCCACAAAAAGGAGGAGUAUGAGAAGAAAGUGGAGUUCUUCGAGGAGGAGGGAGACUCGGGGGAGGAGGAGAAACACGGCGGCUACCACAGUGAGAAGAAACAUGGGGCGGGCGGCCAUUUCAAGAAAGGAAAACUCCACAACGACCACCAUGAGAAUAAGAAGGGCGAAUCCGGACACUUCAUCAAGGGGGGCCACCACUUCUCUCACAAGGGUCACAAAGCCGCGGAUGGUCACGACGGUCACGGCAAGCACCACGGGGCGCACCACCACGGUGGCGGUCACCAGAGCGGCAAGAAGUGGGUGUACCACCACGGGUACCCCGCGAAGAACGCGAACCUCAUCGUCAUAGACCGCCGGGCCGAUCGGUACAUGCACGGACCUAACUACUAUGGAUAAUUUGAGAAAAACGUGUGGUCAAAAUUCUUUUCUGUCUUGUUUUUUGUCUCCGAAAAUGUGACGGAGUGGAGAUUUUUGUAUGGGGUUAAAUUUAGUUUUAAAUUUUUCUUAUAAGAAUUAUAAUUUACAGCUAGAAAGACAUGCAAUAGCGCUCAAUUU